AUGCUUCUGUUGUUUAGGGCCUUGGAGAGAGCUGUUAAUCUCCCCAUACUCCGCAUGGACGAUAUGGCGGCCUGCUAUACAGUGGCUUUUCAACGUCUUUCACUUUUAAGCUUAGACCAUGACAAACUCAAUAUCUCAUUUACGGACCCCGAUAGUGAUGCAGAUCUACGUAUGAAGAAGUCGGCUUCUGAUGCCAUCUCUUCUGAGGGACCGAUAAGCUUUUCCAACGCCAUUCCUCUCAGACGUUCCACAUUACAGGUACUCACAAGUAACCCCUUGGAUCUUCUUAACUUGGCCACACAGUUUUAUGACUUUCUAAAGUUUCAAACAAGACUCCACAGUGAAAUUUUGGCACUAAUCUAUUGUAUUCAUCGCAUCCAAACAUGGUCAAACUCUAGCUCAGCACAGGAAUCUAAUGCAUCGUUUCGCAAACGAUCGCAUGAGUAUUUUAGCUCUUAUCUUUCUACAUCUUUACAAAACAUCAACACUAUGAUACGGGAUUGUCCGCUAUUGGUUGAUGCCUAUCUGUCCAAAAUGGUGUGCAUUUCUCUAUUACGGUGCUUAGAGCCACAGAUUGAUACGGGACAUAAGGAUAUGCUAAAGGAAUUAUUGGGUGUGGCUAACUCAGGUAUUGAAAACGGUAGUGUGCUGCUUGCCCUGUACGAUCAGGUGGAAUACUACUCUACCAAUGAAUUCACUGGAGUAUACAGUGAGUCUUACCUAAUGCAUCUUACCAAUACAAUGAAGUCCCUUACACACGGGCUUCUGCUUGGCUGGCACACACUGCGAGCAUACAGAGUCAAUCUCCUAAGGCAAUUGGGAAGGUUUGAUGAUGCUUGUACCGAGGCCCGAGAACUCAUUAAGCUAACCAUUACGACCAUGCAAGGCGAGAAGCACCUUUCUGCUUCUCUUUGUACUUGUGUGUCAGAUACUCUCACUCUUGAACCCUUAGAUCCUAUCAUGUUUGUUGCCCAGCAAACUAAUUUUGUCCCCGUGCAUUCAAAAGGGUACAAUGGAUUUGUUCAGCUCCCACCUCCCUUUCAGUUAGAGUUGGAUAAUUCCUUAUCUUCAUUCAGUAGUCAAAAUGCUAUGGGCAAUACAACGACAAUCAAGUUUCCCUCACUAAGAGAUAUCUACAUGUCCUCGCCAAUUGGCACUAGUCUGCCACCUGAGCCAGAAAGCUCCAACUCUAAUGACCCCGUCAACACCUCAAUCAACGUACCCAUAAACGUAGACCAGUCCGCUUCUUUUACUGAUAAGAUGAGUAGUCGGCAGAAGACAAACGCCCAGGCUGCAAACACUAAGGCUAAAGAUUUAAGCCACAAGGGCAGAUCCCUGUCAGAUACUAGUAAUAUGGGAUGCCCAAUCCAUAGCGCAAGCUCUAAGCAUCUAGACUAUCGCUUGACUUACUUAUUGGCAGUUUUGGAAGCAGGCUAUGAUGACGAAGCCUUCGAAUACCUCAUGUCUGGGGUUUUCCGCAGCAGGCUUUUCUCAAGGCUUAAGGCCAAUUUGGAUUACGGCACCAUUUAUACCACUCCCAAGAAGUCCGAUUAUAUUAGGUUUGAAGUUCAGAACGACGAAAAGUAUCACUACCAUACUACUGCCACCUCUGUCAAUCCUUCGCCCGUGCACUACCCAACUUAUUAUAGGCAUUACUCAGAGGGUCUGAAUCACAAGUGUGUUGACGACUAUUUUGCCAAUGGCCCGCAACCUGUAUGUAAGGACUGCACGAAGAGGACAUCUCAUGGAGCGCGUCCGCAUUUCGUUGUUAGGAAUGAUGGUGCCUACAAUCAGUAUACUAUGCAUAGCUUCCUAGCACGACACAACAAACUCUUGACCAAUAUACUGUAUCAACGCGCCUACAAGCACAUCAACCACAUGUUUACAAGCAAGCACGGUACCAUUCAUAAUAGGAAGCCACUCAGCAAACUCUCACUUGGUCGCCUGAAGCCGUCGACAAACUUCGUUCACAAUCUGAGGAUGUCAUUCGAUCCCAAACUUCUUACUAUUAUCAAUUGUUACUUUUCGAGUCAGAUACGUGGACCUCUGUCUCGCAUUCUCUUCUACGGGCCAUACUACCAGUUUAGAUGCACAAGCGAUAAGCCCUAUACAUCCUUUGAAGACAUCCAGGACGUGAUUGAUAUAAUAUCAUCUUCUAGUCACCACGCUGAACAGCUGCAAGCUCAAGCAAUAUGGUUUAAUUACCAUGCGCACAACAACCAAGUAGGCACCACCACACCUGUGUCUUACUCUAUCAUUGAUUCCCCAGCAAGCAUAUUCCUAUGCACAUCAGAGACUAAGGCGACCAACUCACUAUUGCGCACAACUCCACUGACCACUACGGUAACAACCUAUACACUAUUAUUCUUACUUCUGAAGAGGAGGGCAACAUGGGCUAAUAAGCUUGCGCAGUCGAUCUUUGCCGAAAGGAUGCUCGGUUGCAAUUGUGCGCGGUCCUCUAUGCUUUUCAAGAGGUCCAUGAAUGUGAUGGACCUAGCUAUGGCAUGGCCAAAGAAGUGUCUGCAUCUUAAGAUUAUGCCUUCCAUGUUGCUCACGGAUUUGGGAGUACGGCCUGCAAUACCGUCUACCAAGCUGCUACAACUGGCUUUCUCAACAAAUCCGUACGUCGUUGAGUAUCUGUUAGCAAAGGCGGUCUUGCCAAGCAAGGUGGCGUUAUAUGGCCUGACCCUUCUAUUCGAUGCCAGCGCCUGUGAAGACCCAGAUUGCCUUCUGGUUGCCCAGUAUCCCAACGAGGACCUUCAGCUUAGUACAUACAGACAUGCCGUGCGUGCGUGGCAGGAUCGCUACUGCAGGUCAUCAGAGGAGAAGCAAGGCACAUAUACUAUCGACCCAAAAGCUGCCUCGUGCACAGAAGCCAGGGACAAGGACAUGAGGAAAACUGCCUCGCGACUGCGCCUAUCAGAACGUCGUAGGGCUCUUUUCCAGCUAGUGCAGGAUCAGCGUAAGCUGGAGGCAGCAAUCUACGCUUCAGAAUUUGGUGGUUUAUGGGGAUCAAACGCUCUCUAUUUGCAAAUAUAUGCACUUGCAGAGAAGCUAGCGACGGAAGACGGUAUAAUGGCCGGUAUUCCUUUCUCGUUUUAUAUUCGCUCUUUGCGGAUAAUCACUUUGGGGGCUUGUGAUGAGUGUGGGAACAGCUUCCUCAAUGGAAAGGGAGUGCAGCUAUCCUCGCAUGGAUAUCUGCAUAUAGCCUCAUUAGACUUCUUGCUACAGGCAUAUGUGCAGUAUUUGCAAUUCGAAGCGGCCAGCACUCUGAGAUCUUUAGCAAUUCAUACGUCUAUUACAGCAAAGUCAUAUCCCGCAGACAUUAUAGAUACCACGGAUGCCUUGGACACUAAGGAUAUUAAGGACACAAGCACAUCGCUACGAGAAGCAUUCUUCAAGAGAUGGAGGCUAAUAUGGAGGGCGACGCUACUGCAAUUCAAGGGAUACCCGCCAUACCUAUCUCUUCGCUCAGCCCAAGCCAUGAAGGAGCUAUUUUAUAACAUGAUAUUCACUCACAGAAACGUAUCUACUCCCGAUAAGCCUGGCAUGCUCAGUUACGUUAACCCUCUGUUGUGUCUUCUAAACACAAAUUCACAGUUCCUAGACAUCAUGACACUUGCAUCUACAGCCGCGAAUGACAAGAAUGGCUUACUGUCGCUUCUCCAGAGCUAUCUGGUGGCAUUCAUGUCUGGCAAUCAGAAGGAGCUAUUUUCUGUCUCAGCUAUAGAAUCUCAGCCAACAAAUGUCUAUUUCGAUAUGCCUAUCUUUGUCGUAUUCUUUUCGUUGACAAUUAUUUCCAUUUUAGAGUUCAAGCCCUCUUUCGCACCUGGCAGCCUUCUGUCGGAGUUCACCAGACUUACUACUUUCUCGCCUAUUACCGACGCAACCACAUCUGCAGGACUACUAUUUUAUUCUGCAAAUGACUUAAGCCACCACUAUAUUAGUCCAAUGAGCAAGACAAAGAAGCAUAUAUCUUUAACACUAUUGAAUUGCAUGGCUCUCGGUAUGCUGUCCAGGAAGGAGGACGCCUCUAACGCCCAGAUAAUAGGCAACAACGCCACGUCAUCGAGCGCAGCAACAUUCAUAGCAAAUCGUGAUGCAUACAAAGCGCUGCAAGGCUCGACUUGUGAUACCCUUGACAAGUGGCUGUCUACUAAAGUCUUAGCCACAAGCAAAAUAUCAUCUCUAUCGUUUCAAUCAGGAUCUAAUACCCAGCAUGAUGUGCGAGGAAAACGCAAACCUGCGCGUUAUAUGAAAUCAUUAAGCUACCAGCACAAGCGAUCACCACCGCCGUCGCGUGCACUCGAGCCACAUCAUUCGCAGAAUAUUGACGAUAUAUUGCUGUCUUCGUUCUAUAUUGAUGAUGAGAAUAGGCUUUAUAGGAGCUUUCUUCGUAACCCCGGUCUUUCCUUGCGUCUUUCUAGGCUUCAGCGAACUCAGUACUUUGGACUGGCAACAUUAAAUACUAUACUGGAGAUGGAGGACAUCAUUGAGCGCAUGUUUGUUACAGUUAACUAUAGCGUCUCAGAUCUUAUUCUCAUAUACUUCAUGGCACACUCUUUCGAUCAUACAAGUAGAAAGGCUAAUCUGUCCUAUAUUUACGACUCGGACGCGGUUCUAAACUACCGAUGCCCAAUAUCUUCUUUUGGAACGGCCAACAUGCCACCUAUCUACUAUCUUGUGGAGACGGGACAAGAUGAAGUCUUUAUGCUGCUUAUGGAACGAGUGAUAUCAGCACUUUCUUAUAGAAACCACCUUUCUACCUUAGAGGAGAACUCCACCUCUACCGCCAGCGAUUGUCCUGUCCUUCCCGAAGAGUUUUGUGGAUAUUCCUUUUCACUGGCCGAAGAUAUGGUCCUGAAAGUAGACCAUGAAGAUAGUGACGUGGUGUUAGAGGCUGAUUCUAAUUCACCACUUCUAACGUACUUGGCGGCACGACGAAAGGCCAGACUAGGACCAUCCUCUGAUCUAGAUUUGGAUGCGUUUGUUACCCCUAGUACAAUCUCCUUCGGUGGAACUCACAAGAUAGCAAUCUAUGAGGCUCAAGCAAAGAUCUUGAAUAUCCCCUUAUCUAGAGCCGAGAUUGAUGCCCUCUAUACCGCCAAAACGUUAUCUAAACAAGAAAUUGAAACCUGCCUGAACCCCCUGUGGGCAAACAUAGUUGGAUCCACCAAGCUACUGCGCAGUAGUAUUGAUAGCUUGGUCCACUGCUGCUACAAAGGAGAGACGCUGCUUCAUGCUGCAUCUAAGAGGGAUCACCUACAUAUUAUUGAGCUAAUUCUAUUAAUUUUUCCAGUAGAUUGUUAUGAUCUAUUACGCUCUUUUUAUGCAGCUCUUCUGAAUCACUCGUCGGGCGCUCUUCGUCUCUUUCUUCCCAGUCCACUUCAUCCAUCUCUUGAAGGUGUUAGAGAUAUAGCAGCAGAUAUAAAAGAGGGCAUUUCCACAAUCACCACAGAGACUCCGGAGUGCAAGUACUUACUGAAGCACUCCAUAGCCGCUGCCUCUGCUCUCUCUGAUAUGUCUAAUAUUCUACUGAACUCGUUUUCGUACGAUGUCAAUCCGCUCUUGAAACUUGGCUCAGGCGAGUCUCCUUUCUCGCCUUUAGCCAACCAUGAACAGCUAGCCGAUAAGCUUCAAGAGUUCCAGCAGCUCGUCUCAUCCAGUCAGUAUUACUCCUUUCUUGCAUGGGCACACCUUGUUAGGACAUUGCGGCCAUUCUGCUCUGGCACUACAGGCGGUGUCUCCUGCUUACACUGUCAUCAUGCUAAGUCGAGCCCCUGCAAGAAGAGCAAUCUCCUUAAAUAUCUGUCGUUCGCGAAGACUCACUCAGCUACGAGUGAAAAGACUGAGAAAAGGCACCAGCUAUCUACCAUGCAAAAAUUGCUUGCCCAGCAAUGCUACUUUUCCGGUCACUCUCUCCAUGGAUGCAUAGAUUUACUGCUAAGCGCUAACAUAGAUAUACGGAUAUGUGCCAUGCAAAAUAUGGAACUAUAUAAUAUGCUCAGCACAUUCAACAGAGCUUUUGUUAUGGAACAACUGCCAAUUAAAACGUCCGAGCAGCGGACAGAAAUCUCUUACCCAGACCCCAUAGUCUUGUUGAAAUAUCUUUCAUAUGUUUACCAAGUAUUUGGUACAAGAGGAUUGCCGAGUAGCAAUAAUAAUCUGAAUAGUAUAGUCUUUGAUCGCUUCUGCACUCCUAUGUCAACGCCCUUGAUUAUGGCAGCCCAGUAUGGAAGUCCUGUUUGUCAUAUACUUUGCGCCAUCAUAAACUCUCUGACAAAGUCUACCACUGCUGAAAGGGUGCUCAGCAAUCCAAGUACACUGAGCGCAUACGUCAAUCAUAGAGAUGCAUAUGGACUCACCGCCCUUCAUCAUGCAACUAUUCUGUUCAUUCGAGCAUUUGUUUCCAUCAUCAAGCAUAGCCUUUCACCUAUCAUCUCACUAGGUCUUAGCCUUACAGCCUCUUUCCCAGCCAUACAUAAACCAGAAACGGUAAUCUUUGAUCAUGAAUUUGCUUGUAGUAUCUUGGCCCUGUCACGGGCAAAUGUUAAGGCCCUAAUGCUGGCUGGAGCUGACCCUGGAAUACCCGAUGCCACAGGAGUGCGCUGCUGUGAUAGACUCAUUGCUAUGUUGCUAGAGAUGAAUAUGAUACUGUUUCCACCAGAGUAUGUAGUUGAGCGCUUUCAUAAGGAUCAGCCGACUGACAUACUUAUGCAUCUAAUACUGUGGUCAGAGAAGCACCACAAGCCUUCGCGUAGUGAUGCAACUUUGAACCCUGACUCUUCUUUGACCGUUCGCAUACCAAUCUUAAUCGAGGCUAAACACGUUAAUUGGAGAGAGGAAUUAGUGAAACUACAGCUCAGACAAUUGCAAAGAUCUGGACACCUUACAAAGGAUGUGUUGUCUACUGAUCGCACAUCUCCACCACUAGCCCUUGAUCUACGUGUCCAGAUUAGCGUUGAGGUGCACCCGAAAAUCUCUUCUGUAUCCUCUGCCAUGCAGGUCAUAAUACAAUCCAAUUGUACCCGUGUGAUCUCCGAACUGUCUAUCGUGCUAUCAAUAUUCCUCGGGCUUCCCGAAUAUCAAGAUCGCAACCAGGCCUUUUCUAAUGAUAUCAUUACCACAUCCACUACCACCUUCAUUCCUACCCCUGCGGAGAUUGUUCCUCUCCCUUUUUGUAGUGUUAGUGCAGAGGGCAUUCAGCACUAUCUCGAACUCUGGUCCUCAGUGCCGGUCUUGGAGAUAACGAAGCAGCCACCCCUCUCUUCACCUAUGCCACCUAUGCCAAUGCAAGAACUACUUCUUUGGGCAUACAGUCUGUACUCUGUCUAUGGUCUCCGGGACUGUAGGUUCAUUGACGAGUUUCAUUCUAAAUGGGCCACGACAGGUAACGCUUUCAUUCCGUGGGAUACUCAGGUGUACAGUUCCGACGCAUCUGCAGAGGAAACCGUUACUUGUUCAUCAGCUACAAUACCUGCAGUUGACCAGCUGCCGCCUCUACUGCACUCUCUCUCACUAGAGUCUGCUAUCGGCAGACUAGCACUUGGGGACAGUAGGGUGGUAUACACUCGGAAAUAUAAUUUAAAAUUUUACAAUAAUCAAUCUAAUUGUCAAUAUUUUUCUGUACAUAGAUUUAGAAAUCAGGUGUGGAGGCGGAUAUUGGGGAACUUAAGAGCUAAGCCUUCAAUAUGUAAUGAAAGCGUACACAUCCAACACAUAGACUUAGACAAGACAGGGUCUGCCAUAGUCGAUACCAUAACGAUGUCCGUGUCGCACACACUACUUCAGAGCUCACUACUGGACUUUCCGAACCAGAUGCUAUCCACUGCAGACAUCUUCACUCUUCUCAAGGAGUCCUUAGUUAUAUGCUUCCAUGAAGAGGAAGCGUGUAUAGAGUCUGAAGGCCGUGACUCACUGUGCGCCACUGUUACCUACAGAGAUGUACUCGGUCUUUCUAGCUCAGCUGACGACUCCGUUCUUCUGGAUCUUCGAACGAUAUUUCGUCGUGCUAGGGUGCUCUCUAUUUUGGCUGACAACAUCUGCCCGCGAUCGACUCUUCUAUUCUGUUCGCCCGAUGAUCUGUGCUUCCCAUCUGCGUGGAUGCUGUCUCAGUGUUUCGCGGGGUCGAAGGUGUUCCUUGAGUCACUUUACUCAAGCAACUGCAACAACGAUCUAGCGGAGGGCAUAGACGAACUGUACGCUCCAAAGAUUCCUCUGUUGGACGCUAUGAUUGAUAGAACACUCCAGUCUACCAAAAUAUGUUCCACCCUCUUUGACGGCAGAGUCACAGAGGAAGCGGAGCCCGUAGACAAAAGAACUGUACUGUUCACACCGAAUCGGCUAGGCUUCGCUAGGCUGCAAAAUAAACACAUUUAG